AGCAUCAUCCAUCGAAUCACUCCUACAAAAGCCUGCUAAGCCUGCCCAAAACCUUAGAACAUCAACAAGCACCACUGCUUCUCCAACAACCGGCAACUGAAUUUGACAUGGAGAAAUCCAGGAAACCAAAAUCAAACUUGGCAUCGCACAGGCGAUUCGAGCAGAUGGACAUGAACAAGUCAUCGACCUCGCUGAACAUGUCGACGUCCUCUCUGAGGAUCGUCCGUGAGGAGAUCAGGAAGGACGACGGCGCUGUUGUCCAAGGGAGCAGAAGGGCGACCACGGUGAGGUUUGCUGCUCCUCCACCACCGUCGUCGUCAUUGGCGGCGUCCACAAAGAUGCAUCCGCGUUCUGUGUCCCAGCACCAGGCAAUGGCAAGACCUGCGACUGCAAGUGGAGGAGCACGCCCGGGUUCUGCCUCAGGGCCGAGGGGCAGGACAUCUGCGGGGAGGUUACCGGAGUCGGGGCCCAAGGUGACGAGGAGGAGCUGGGGGUGCACAGGUGGCGUGGAUGCGAAGGAGCAGGGGAGCGGUGAUCCGGUGGCGGUGAAGAUCGUGGCGAAGACUCAAGCCAGGAGCAGCUCGGUCCCAAGAAGAUUGGCACCGGAGGAGAAAGAUAAACCAUUGCCAAGGACAGGCAGUAAGAUCAUGACCACCUCUAGGAUGAAGGCGAACGCAGACUCACCUCCAAAACCGGACAUGGAGGGAAGCAGAAGCCCCCCUAACGUUGCAACGAAGGCUGGUGAUCACAAAGCUCCCAACAGCGUGUCACUGAACAACAUGGUAAAGGCAACGCCUACAGGAAGAACAUCAGUGACGACGAUCGGCGCCUCCUGGGAGUCACUUCCAACGGAUCUCCAGAGCCUGGGGCUGGAGGUCAUGAAUCACAGGGAUGCUGCCGAGGCUGCUGCUGUUGAGGCCAUGCAGGAGGCUUCUGCUGCAGAGAUUUUGCUUCGAUGUUUGAGUGCCUUUGCGGACUUGACCUCUGCCGCGGCUGAGCAGUCGCCGCAGCAGACCGUCGACAUGUUCCUCGUCCUCCACGCGGCAAUCACAAGCUCCACCGUCGCUGGGAACUGCGACGACAAGGAACACCGGCAUGCCGCGGACUGGCUUCGCGCCGCGGUUUCCACUGACCUCGGCCCCUUCUCCCUCUACACGCCCAUGAGGAAGUUCAGCCGCACGGCGUCGCCCGCCGCGUCCCUGUCACCGCCAUCGAUACGACGGGCGGUGCCGGCUGGAGAAGCCGGCGUGGAGGUGACAUGGCUGGACGAGGUGCGGAGGGGGCUCGGGGAGGAGAUGCGCGCGUGGUUUAUUGGCCACGUGGAACGGCUGCUCGACGCGGACGUGGCCGGGACGCUGGGGCAGCUCAAGAGGGUGAACGACUGGCUGGACGACGUCGGCGUGGGGUCGGAGUCGGAGGCCGUCGAGCGGGUGAGGAAGAAGAUCUACGGGUACCUUCUGGACCACGUCGAGUCGGCGGUGGUCGCGCUGAACGGUGGCGUUGCACCUGGUCGGAGAAAAUAAAUUUAUAUCAGCGUAUACCAUGUAUGUGCGUACGUAAAUUGUAAUGCAAGUGAUUCAUUUGGUCCUGAACUACUUUGUACUAGCCUACCAUGAAUGUAUAUAUGCAUGUAGAAUCAGAAGUACCUUUUGAACUCUUUU